GUUCACAUCAGGUCACAUGACCCAGCCGCCAUUUUGUGCACCUCCCAUUUGCACUUCCUCUCCCCCAUGCCAAUUUCCGCGCCGAGAAAGUCGCCGAAAACUUGAGGAACAAAGAUGAUCCUUCUGGAGAUCCACAACAGGAUAGUCGAGGAUACUUUACGACAGAAGUUCGACAACGCCUUGGCCGGGAACAAGCCGGAGAGUGUGGAUAUCACAAUAGCGGAUUUCGAUGGCGUCCUUUACCACAUCUCCAACCCUGGAGGAGACAAGACCAAGGUGAUGGUCAGCAUCUCUCUCAAGUUCUACAAGGAACUACAACAGCAUGGCGCCGACACCCUUCUACAGAGAGAGUAUGGAGCGUUUAUAACAAGUGCAGAAAAAGGUUAUGAUGUUUCCAUAUUGUUUGACUUGGAGAACGUCCCUGAGAAUAAGGAAGAGGCAGUAAAGAAGGCUGGACUCCUCAAGAGGAACUGCUUUGCCUCUGUGUUUGAGAAGUACUUCCAGUUCCAACAGGAGGGCCAAGAAGGGAAGGAGAGAGCAGUCAUCAACUACAGAGAUGAUGAAACUAUGUAUGUAGAAGCCAAGGGAGAUCGAGUCACUGUCAUCUUCAGUACAGUCUUCAAGGAUGAGGAUGAUGUAGUGAUCGGUAAAGUCUUCAUGCAGGAGUUUAAAGAAGGCAGGCGAGCGAGCCACCAGGCUCCGAUGGUCCUGUACAGUCACAGAGAACCUCCCCUGGAACUGCAGGGUACGGACGCUGCUACGGGAGACAACAUCGCUUACAUCACCUUUGUUUUGUACCCCCGCCACAUCACCAAGGCUGCCCGUGACAACACCAUCAACCUGAUCCACACCUUCAGAGACUAUCUCCACUACCACAUCAAGUGCUCAAAGGCGUACAUUCACAGCAGAAUGAGGGCCAAAACUUCCGACUUCCUCAAGGUGCUGAACCGAGCCAGACCCGAGAACAACGUCAAGGAAAAGCGGACCAUCACAGGAAGGUCAUUCCAACAGCGCAACUAGCUGUAGACGCACAGGCUGUUAGAAAAAAAAAGAAUUAGUGUUCUCUUCUGAUAUUUUAUACUGCUAGCAUUUUAUAAUGAAUUGUAUCAGGAAAAUCAUCUGAUUCUUUAUGUAUCAAACCUUUAUUUCCAAGUCUAGAAUAUGAUACUUGCAUAAAAGAAAUCCAAAGUCACAUAAUAUAGCAAUUAUAGGUCAUGAAAUUAUGAAUGUUUUUUUUUUUUUUUUUGCUCGUG